ACAACCCAAUAGUUUCGUUGCUGGGUCAUCAUCUAUCAAAGUAUUGUACAUACAAAUUUUAAUAAAAGCGAAAACAUAAGUUUUGUAUAAUUUAUAGAAAAGUCUUGGUAUUUUUAUGUCCUUUUCUAGCACAUUAUUGAUUUAGUGGUAAAAAAAAACAAAGUUAGAAGACAAUGGAAUUCAUAAAAACUCCCAAGGUAGAAAAUGUACGUAUGAUUGAUCGAUACAACAAUAAAAAUGCAUCUUUGGGGACACUUUAUUUAACAGCUACCCAUUUAAUUUUCGUUGAUCCGGAAGCCAAUAAGGAGACAUGGAUUCUUCACAUGCAUAUUGCAACUAUUGAUAAAUUACCUUUAAGCACAACAGGAUCACCCUUACUGAUUCGUUGCAAGACAUUUCUUUCGGUGACUUUUGUGAUUCCAAAGGAACGAGAGUGUCAUGAUGUUUAUAUGACCUUACUUAAACUUUGUCAGCCAGUUCAAGUAAAAAAUCUCUACUGCUUCCACUAUACUUCAAGCAAUGAAGAUUUGAUUAAGACAUUUGGAUGGAAUUUUUAUGCACUUGAUACUGAAUUCAAGCGAAUGAAUGUACCAAAUGAGGAAUGGGUACUUUGUACACUAAACGCUAAUUAUGAUUUGUGUGACACAUAUCCAAAAUUACUUUAUGUGCCUGCAAAAGCCAGUACAACUGUAUUAAUGGGAAGCAGUCGUUUCCGUUCAAAAGGUCGCUUACCCGUCCUCACAUAUUUGCACAACAAUAAAGCUUCCAUAUGCCGUUGUAGUCAACCUCUUUCUGGCUUUAGUGCACGAUGCUUAGAAGAUGAACAAAUGCUGGAAGUAAUUCGAAAGACAAAUCCAAACGCUAAUUUUAUGUACGUGGUUGAUACACGACCCCGUAUUAAUGCAAUGGCUAACAGAGCAGCUGGAAAAGGCUAUGAAAAUGAAGCUUUCUAUGAAAAUAUUAAAUUUCAAUUCCUGGGAAUUGAGAAUAUUCACGUAAUGAGGACAAGUUUACAAAAACUUUCUGAAACUUGCGAACAAAAAACACCGACAAUGAGUGGAUUUCUUGGAUCAUUGGAAUCUUCGGGAUGGUUGAAGCACAUUCGAUCUAUUCUCGAUACUUCAAACUUUAUUGCAUGUGCUGUGGAUAAGGGAAUUUCUGUUGUUGUCCAUUGUUCCGAUGGAUGGGAUAGAACCGCUCAAGUUUGCUCUCUAUCUGCUCUAAUUCUUGACCCAUUCUAUCGCACAAUUAAAGGCUUUCAAACAUUAAUUGAAAAGGACUGGUUAGCAUUUGGUCACAAGUUCAGUGAUCGCUGUGGGUACAUUCAGACAGAUCCAAAGGAAAUGUCCCCAGUGUUUACACAGUUUCUCGACUGCACAUGGCAACUUCUACAACAAAGAUGUGAUGCUUUUGAAUUUAAUGAACGCUUUCUUCUUACACUACAUGAUCACGUGCAAUCUUGCCAAUUUGGAACAUUUAUUGGGAAUUGUGAGAAAGAACGCCUAGAUCUUCGUCUAUCUGAAUUGACCUUUUCUCUGUGGGGUUUCAUGGCAAAUCAUAUAAAUGAGCACAUAAAUCCCUUAUAUCAACCAGAAAUUGAUGAUAUACUAAAGCCCAAUCUUUCACCACAGUGUAUUAGAUUUUGGCGAGGUAUGUAUAGUCGUUUUGAAAGCGGUGUACAUCCAAGAGAGCCAUUGGGAGAUCUUUUGCUAGCCAGUAUGGAUCACUGUACAUCACUUGAGGAUCAUAUGGCGCACCUUACGAAAAGAAUUUCCAGUUUUAAAAAUUUUAUUUCAAAAUCAGCCAAAAAAUUCCAAAGUUAUUCAGUGGAUAACAACAAAGGGAUAGCUAAAGAUAAAGAUGAAAAAAAUCCUGGACAAUUGACUGAUACUACAGAUCAUCCCCUUAACUCUAUUGAUUUUUCAUUCUCAAGUCUUUCUAACUCAGAAACGAAUAAUAAGUUUCAGGAGAUAAGUGAUGAAAUUGAAACUGUUGCAGUAGACUGGAAAUCUAUGAGGAAUGUUACUUCAUGUCCAUGCUCAACACCAUUCGAUCAAUUUAGCCGAAAGAGUCACUGUUGGAAAUGUGGAGAAGUAUUUUGUUUGCGUUGCAUUGUGCGGACUAUCGUUCUUCCAGGUCACGAUAGUGGAAAUUCUGUUCCUGUAUGUCGACCAUGUUACAGAGAACAGCAACAAACUUCUCCGUAGACUUGCCGUAAAAAAAAUUGUUUGUGAUAUUUAUUCGCUUAACAUAAAAUCAAUUGCAUACCUAUCUAUUGUUGUAUCUUCAUAAAAAAAUAUAUAUAUUAGCCGGUCUAUAUACAUAUAA